AUGGGAGAAGCAUCAGAUCCAAAAUGGAAAGGUAAUGAAGAAAUUGAGCUAGCAAACACAAAUGCAGAAAUAGCAUGGACUGUGUUAGAGGAUUUUUGCAACAUACACAAAUGGAUGUGCUUAGAUACAUGUUUUCAAGUUGAGGGAAUUCUUGGCAAACCUGGUCUCAUCCGCUACUGUUCUUCUACUGUUUUUGAUAAUGUUGAGAAGACAGGAGUCACCAAAUGGACCACAGAGAAGUUACUUGCCAUUGAUAAUGUUCAACGUUGUUUGACCUAUGAAGUUGUUGAAAACAACAUGGGAUUUAAGUCCUAUGUGGCUACAUUGAAAGUGCUUCCAAUCGAGGGGGAUGGAUGCAAGAUUGAAUGGGAGUUUGUCUGUGAUCCUGUUGAAGGGUGGAGUCUACCAGGAUUGGAAGUGUAUGUUGGGUCUGCUCUCCGGUACAUGAAAAAAAAGAUUGAACUUGCCUUCAACACACAUACUCUGAAUGAGUUUGAGUUGGCUUAUGGAGACUCUGGUCAAGAAGCUGAAGAAUUGUUCUGCCCAUUUACUUCAUUACAUCCAUUGGUUAUGGCAUGCUCCAAGAAGGGUUUUGAGACUCUAGAUAAUGUUUAUUUUCAACUGGAGAAUUUAAACCGUGCAGAGAAUCCUUAUAAAUCCGUUGUUGCUCUAAACUGCAUCAUUUUAGGAUGUGCAAACAUAUGGGACCUUGAUCGAGCUUACCAAACUUUUGAGUCAAUUGGAUCUAAUUUUAGGUUGAGUCCUGAUAUUCAUUCUUACAAUGGGCUGAUGUAUGCCUUUGGGAAGCUCAAGAAGAGUUCUAGCAAAUUUAGCCUUCAGCAUCCUAUUCUAGAUAGGAGAUAUAUUGCAGGAGGAUUCUUCAAGCAAUCCUUCACCUUUGGCGAUAGAUUGCUCUCGUGGGAUAAAUCUCUCUCACACUUGGGUGGUUGGUUCACAUUUGAGGCAGUCCUUAGUUGA